AUGUGCCCCCUGGCCACCCCCGUCUCCUGCUGCUGCCCCCGCCGCCGUCGCCUGCCGCCUUCCCGGACCAGUUCUCUGGACGGGAAGGAGCUGACCCUGCAGGAGCUGCCGGAGGACAUCUUGCUGCACGUGUUCUCCUGGGUGCCCAAGUGGGACCUGAUCCGCCACUGCCGGCUGGUCUGCAAACGGUGGCGGUACCUAGUGGAUCUUCCCGUGGUCUGGAAGCGGAAAUGCGAGCGGCUCGGCUUCCCCCUGGAGCAGCCGGAGGGCGGCCUUCUGGACUGGAGGGUGUUUUUCUUCAGCCUGAGCAAGAGGAAUCUCCUGAGGAACGUUUGCGGAAGAGCGGGGCUGAGAUAUUGGGAACUGCGUCCCGCCGACUGGAUGGCCGACUGGAUGCCCGAGGACGUCCCCAGAGGGUUCAAGAGGCAUUUUCUCAAGAUAUUUAAAAAGAAAAAAAAAUCUCCUCUUCCGGAUACGGUCUGGACUUGCUUCGUGCCAACCUGGAACCAGGAUCGUGGUCUGAGGUUUUUUGUGAAGAAGACACAGCGGGUCACUUUGAAGGACAGAGGAAUCGCGAACUGGAUGAUGGACGAAAUGAAGCCCAGAAUCAUAGUGAAGGAUUGGUAUUUUAAUGUUGACAAUUCCCACUAUCAGUUGACGGUGAAGCUGCUCUCUUCUGAUGACCAAGUCCUCCAGGAUUGCUGCAAGAUGUUUGAAGUUCGAGAACAGGUGCCCACUGUGGAAGAAUGGCGGGAGGUUUCGUACAUCUUUGAAAAUUACCCGCCCGGCGUGCGCUAUGUCGAUUUCGAACACAGAGUGGGCUGGCGGUCCGAAGUGAAAGUCACCAACAGCAGCAUCAUGGUUGAUUUAGUAUGAUGGGUGGGGGGGCAAGGCUAGCCCAAGGCUGUUGAUUUGGCACUUUUAAUGCUUUGAUAUCAGUUUAGAAAGGAAGGAAUUUUCUCUGCUUUAAAUAUUCUCCAAAGCUGUGUAUGUUUACACUUGCACACAACCCAUGGACGCUGCUGAUCAUUCUACGGAACAAUGGCAAUAUUUCCAGAUCACGGUGAAGGGGGAAGAGCAAGCCGAAAAGAUUAUGGAGGUAAUUUCCACGUUAAGUUUAUCCUGUAAAGUUCAGUCCAAAAAAGGCUCUUUUGCAUACACUCAUUGCGUGACCCGAACGCGGGCUUCACAAGCAACGAUGGGACAAGCGAAGAACAAACAUGAAGCUAGAAUAUAUGCAAGCAACAAGGGAAAUUUGAUUUUUUUUUCGUGUGUAUGUUAAAUGCCUCGAUUGCGACUUGCUAAUUAUCAAUAUUCACUAUUUAUACUUUGCUUUCUUCCCAUACUGUUUCCUUUGGGGCAAAUUCAGAGGCGGUUUUGGUCUGAAAUAUAUUAAAAGCAAGCCCUCUGAAGCUCCAGGCCAAAUUGUCAAAGGCCUAAAAACUCUUAUUUUAGGCAGUUGUCGGAACAGCCUAAUGGAAGGCUGGUCCUUUUUUGUGGGGUAAAGGAUGUAGUUAAACGUGAUGUUUAAAAAAAAUGUGGAAGGAAGCCAUCUUUUCUUUGUAAUUCCCCCUUGCCACGAAUGUCUGCCAACUCUCUGUUUCCCGCACUUGAAAACACUUUGUAAAUGUCUCGUGUCUUUUACUGUCAUCUGAUGCUUUUGAA